ACAACAUCAUUAACUUUUACUGCUCUUGUUUUAUUUAAAUAUUAUUUUUAUUUUAUAGUAAAAAAGUGUAAAUGUUAUAGUAAAUUGUUCAUCUAGUACCUGCACUGCCUGGCACAUAUAAUUUACUGCACUACAGCAAGUAUUCACAACAACAUGGACCUGCACAGUCAGCUUAGUAAGAACAUGGAGCAAAUAAUAUCACAAUUUAAAUCACGGAUGGAUAACUUUGACACUGCACUUGAACAGUCCAAGUCUUCAUGUAGCAAAGUCCACGAUUUAGUUUCACUGAGUGCCGACUACACCAUUUUCAAGGAGCUGAUGUGGAAGACACUUGCUAUGUUGCAGCAGCAAGUGCAACUACUAACAGCUGGUUUUGACAAGCAUGAGAUGCACUCUCGUAGAACAGUACUAUUAUUUCAUGGUGUACCAGAGGAUGACAGCGAGAACACCGAGAGUAAAAUCUCCAGGCUGAUUCAUAAUCACUUAAAGUUGCCCUGUAUUGAUGAUGCCUGCAUUGAGGCAUGCCACCGGCUUGGUGUGAAGAAGGACAGACACCGUCCAAUUUUAGUCCGUUUCUCUAAUAUGAAGCAUAAAUCGUCUGUUUGGAAUGCAAAAACGGCUCUCAAAGGUUCCGGUGUUACUAUGUCUGAAUUUUUAACGAAGCCAAGACAGGAGACGUUCGUUGCAGCUCGGAAACAUUUCGGCAUCAAGAACUGCUGGUCGUCUGAUGGUGUGAUAAUAGUCGCCCUCCCGGAUAAAACUCGUACAAGAAUGGUAUCUUUGUCUGAACUACAGCAGAUUAUUAGUAAAUAUCCGCAAGAUACUGCUUCUCAGGAACCUAAGCUAUUAAGAACAACUCGGCGUGGUAAUAAAAAUACAGCCAAAUAAAGUAGUCGGGCAAUAGUAAGAUGUCUGGAUCUUAUGUGGAGCACUAUACACUGCCCAGAUUGGCAAAUAGCGUAUAUUUUUCUUGUGAUGGCCGGUAGUUAAAUUUAUUUUUGUGAAAGCACAGUUUUAUAAGGUAUUUUAUCACAUUAUCUGACAAUAACUUUUCAGUCAAUAUUUUUAUUUAACUUCGUUUAUUUGAUUGACAGUGACAACUGACAUUUUUAACGUCAUACCAAAACGCUGUCACAGUGACAUGUAGGUCACGUUCUGAAUCGGCAGUGUAUAGCGCGGACUUUCUCAGU